AGAAAAGGUGCAAAAAGGGCUGCCAAUGAGACGCGGCAGCAAAGCAGCAGCGGCGGCGAGCACGACUCCGUGUCGGGCACCUUUUUUUUUGGUCCUCGCAUCACUUUUGAAGCAGAUUAUUACGCGCGGCUGCAAAUAUCCACAACACACUUAUUCAAUCAUUAGUCGGGACUUUUGUGUUGUUGUUGGAGGAGGAAGAAGAAGAGCGCGAACGCCGGAGAUGAGCGAGAGUCUGACAUCCGCAACACUUCUGCAAGUCCUCGGACCGCAGCUGCCCGCCACCAUGGACUGCCCAUGGACGGUCCGAGGCGAGGUCCCGGUCUAGAUCCUGUGGGCGUGGCCCCUGAGCAGCCUGAUGGACGGCCGUGUGGUUCUGGGCGAGCGGACGUGGACUCUGCACUGGGACUAGAACCUGUGCACAAACCAUGGAACCCUUAUGGUUUGUCCUCGGACUGAGCGCACGAUUGUGAGCCCGCUUUAGCCCCUCCUCUUUUCUUCCCCUGGCCCCGCCCCCAAUGCCCCGCCCCAUGUCACAUCUUUCCCAAGAAUGAUGGAAAUGUUGUGGAGGACGCUGACUUGGACUUUGAGCCUGCUGGUCAUGGCCGCCUCCCACUUCCACUUCCAGACCCUCGAGCCACUCUCACGCCACUCCCAAGAGGAGUUCCUGUCCUACCUGCAGCACUACCAGCUGACCGUGCCAGUCCGGGUGGACCAGAACGGAGAGUUCCUGAGCUACACUGUCAAGCACCACCGGCCCGGCAGACGGCGGCGCGGCGCUGCGGACCCUCCCGCCCCCGCCCCCGCCCCGGGCCCGGAGCCGCCCGAGGCCCCGGAGUCCCGGCUCUUCUACCGACUGAGCGCCUACGGCAAGCACUUCCACCUGAACCUGACCCUCACCCCCCACCUGGUCUCCAAGCACUUCACGGUGGAGUACUGGGGCCGGCGCGGGCUGGAGUGGCGCCACAACACGCUGGACAACUGCCACUACGUGGGCUUCCUGCGGGACCGGCGCCGCACCAGCCGGGUGGCGCUCAGCAACUGCAACGGCUUGCACGGCGUCAUCACGACGGAGGAAGAACAAUAUUUAAUCGAGCCCUUGAAGAACUUGAAGAACAUGAAGAACAUGUCGUCCAGCAGCCACUGGAGCCUAGAAGAAGCCCAGCAGCAUGUUAUUUACAAAGUGUCCGCCAUCGCAUCCUCGCAGGAGCAGAGUCAGGAGUCCAGCUGUGGCAUUUCAGACCUCAUCAGACCCGAGGCCCCCCCCCCAGAGCGUAACAGCACACACAGAAGCAGGCGCUCCGUGAGCAGCGAGCGCUUCGUGGAGACGCUGGUGGUGGCGGACAAGAUGAUGGUGGGCUACCACGGGCGCAAAGACAUCGAGCACUACAUCCUGUCCGUCAUGAACAUUGUUGCCAAACUUUACCGCGAUGCCAGUCUCGGAAAUGUUGUCAACAUCAUCGUGACUCGCCUCAUCGUUCUCACGGAAGAUCAGCCCAACCUGGAGAUCAACCACCAUGCCGACAAGUCCCUGGACAGUUUCUGCAAAUGGCAGAAGUCCAUCUUGUCCCAUCACAGCGACGGCAACAGCAUCCCCGAGAACGGCAUGGCUCACCACGACAACGCCGUGCUCAUCACACGGUACGACAUCUGCACCUACAAAAACAAGCCCUGUGGAACCUUAGGCUUGGCCUCCGUGGCCGGAAUGUGCGAGCCGGAGCGGAGUUGCAGCAUCAACGAAGACAUAGGCCUGGGUUCUGCCUUCACCAUCGCACACGAGAUUGGCCACAACUUCGGCAUGAACCACGACGGCAUCGGGAACUCGUGCGGCACCAAAGGUCACGAGACGGCCAAGCUGAUGGCGGCACACAUCACCGCCAACACCAACCCUUUCUCCUGGUCCGCCUGCAGCAAGGACUACAUCACCAGCUUCCUCGACUCAGGUCGGGGGACGUGUCUGGACAAUGAACCUCUGAAACGAGACUUCCUGUACCCAACAGUGGCUCCGGGGCAGGUGUACGACGCCGACGAGCAGUGCCGCUUCCAGUACGGAGCCUCCUCGCGACAGUGCAAGUACGGGGAAGUGUGUAGAGAGCUCUGGUGCCUUAGCAAAAGCAACCGCUGUGUCACCAACAGUAUCCCCGCCGCCGAGGGAACCCUGUGCCAGACCGGCAGCAUCGAGAAAGGGUGGUGCUUCCAGGGCGAGUGUGUGUCGUUCGGCACCUGGCCCCAGAGCGUGGACGGCGGCUGGGGGCCCUGGUCCUCCUGGGGGGAGUGCAGCAGGACGUGCGGCGGCGGCGUCUCCUCCUCCGCCAGGCACUGUGACAGCCCAGCGCCUUCUGGAGGAGGGAAGUACUGCCUCGGUGAGAGGAAGCGCUACCGAUCCUGUCACACCACCGCCUGUGCGUCGGGAUCGCGCGACUUCCGAGAGAAGCAGUGCGGCGACUUCGACAGCAUGCCUUUCCGUGGGAAGUACUACAACUGGAAGCCUUACACCGGCGGCGGCGUCAAAGCGUGCGCCCUCAACUGCCUGGCGGAGGGCUACAACUUCUACACCGAGCGCACCCCGGCCGUGGUGGACGGCACCCGCUGUCAGGCCGACUCUCUGGACAUAUGCAUCAACGGCGAGUGUAAGCACGUGGGGUGUGACAACGUCCUGGCGUCCGACGCCAAGGAGGACCGCUGUCGGGUGUGCGGCGGCGACGGCAGCACCUGCGAGGCCACCGAGGGCUUCUUCAACGAGUCUCUGCCUCGAGGAGGCUACAUGGAGGUGGUCCACAUCCCCAAAGGUUCCGUCCACAUCGAGGUCCGAGAGGUCACCGUCUCCAAGAAUUACAUCGCUUUGAAAUCCGAAGGGGACGAUUAUUACAUCAACGGCGCUUGGACCAUCGACUGGCCGAGGAAGUUCGACGUCGCCGGCACCGCCUUCCACUACAGGAGGCCCUCGGACGAGCCCGAGUACUUGGAGGCUCUCGGGGCCACCACAGAGAACCUGGUUGUCAUGAUCCUCCUCCAGGAACAGAACCAGGGCAUCCACUACAAGUUCAACGUUCCCAUCCAACGUACAGGCAGUGGUGACAACGAGGUGGGCUUCUCCUGGUUCCACCUGCCCUGGUCCCAGUGCUCUGCCACAUGUGCCGGAGGCUCCCAGAAGCAGGAGGUGGUGUGCAAGAGGCUGGACGACAACUCCCUGGUCCAGAACAGCUACUGCGACCCGGAAGGAAAACCUCCAGAGAACCAGAGCGACUGCAACGCUGAGCCGUGUCCUCCAGAGUGGUUUAUCGGCGACUGGUCGGAGUGCGCCAAGACGUGCGACGGCGGCACAAGGACCAGGACGGUCCUCUGCAUCAGGAAGAUGGGCCCCGCAGAGGAGGAGACCCUGGAGGACACCCACUGCCUGACCCACAGACCCAUGGAACAGGAAGCGUGCAACAACCAAUCCUGCCCGCCCAAGUGGGUCACUCUGGACUGGUCUGAGUGCACACCCAAGUGCGGGCCGGGCUUCAAGCACCGCAUCGCCUUGUGCAAGAGCAGCGACCUGACCAAGACCUUCCCCCCCGCCCACUGUCCCAGCCACAACAAGCCGCCGGUUCGAAUCCGCUGCAGCCUGGGCCGCUGUCCUCCUCCGCGCUGGAUCCCUGGCGAAUGGGGACAGUGCUCGGCGCAGUGCGGCCUGGGCCAGCAGGUGAGGACGGUGCAGUGUCUGUCCUACACGGGCCAGACCUCCAGCGAGUGUGCCGAGACCCUCAGACCCGCCGCCAUGCAGCAGUGCGAGAGCAAGUGCGACGCCACGCCCGUCUCCAACGGCGACGAGUGCAAAGAUGUCAACAAGGUGGCUUACUGCCCGCUGGUGCUGAAGUUCAAGUUCUGCAGUCGGGCUUACUUCCGGCAGAUGUGCUGCAAGACCUGCCAGGGCCACUGAGUCCAACUAGACCUGCCGGGGCCACGGAGUCCGACGAGACGGCGAGCUCCUCCGCCGACCCGUGGCGGAGGCGCGCCAGGAAGCCAAACCACUGCUCAGCCGCCGCGCUGACAUGCAAGUUCACUUCUGUGAAGUGGAGCUCGGAGGAGGACGGGUUGGUGAAGUUAUUUUAUUAUAAUAAUAAUAAUAAUUCCUCAUCUCCGACUUUGAUCAAAUCCAAAGUGCUGGACACGCCCAAGCCCCGCCCCCCUCUGCGAGCGCUGUCGCCGGGCAGACUUUAAGUGUAAAUAGAGAGCGAGCCCACGGGUCUGUGUACUGUAUAUUUAUUGUACGUCACUUAGUAGCUACUGUCUUUGGCGGGGACUCAUCACCUGCUUGUGGGAGGAGCCACGUCAAGGUGCCUUUUCAUCAACUCGUGAGGAGUCACUGAUUGGCCUUUAAAAACAACAUUUCUGAAGGCGCGUUUACACUUGAAAUGAACUCCAUCCUUCAAACCCUCACUUGUACUUUAUUGUUGCCAUUCAGUUCAUUUGAAGAAUGGGGAAUACCCCCCCCCCCCCACAGGAAGUUGAAUUGGAAUGACAGGAAGUGGCAAUUUGGAAAAAUUAAUAUCUUCCAGCAAAGUUCAAGAAAUAAUUUGUCAGGUUUGACAAAUAUUUCAGCUUACAUACUGAAAAAAAACCUAAAAAACCCGACAAUUUAAGACUAAUUUCUUCCACUUUUGAAUACUUGAAUGGAGUGAAGCAUGCUGGGAAAUUAAGUAUGUGUCCACCAAAAAAUUGAUUCAUAUCCGAAUAGUGAAUCUUUUUCAUCCCGAUUCUAAAAUCACUUCAUAAUUCUCAAAAAUCAAUUACAAAAAUUACAAAUAGUAUUUUCUGGUGUCCAAUCACGUCCUCUCUUACAAACAUUUAGUGAUGUCACCUCUGGUGUCAACAACAUUUAGUGAUGUCACCUCU